AUGACGGCGUCCUGGGCGCUCGAGAGUCGACUCGUACAAGCUCCGCCACGCAAAGAGCCCGUGCGUCCCAGCAAAUGUUUGCCGCCGCUCACGUGUGUAUCUGUCGCGUUGCGCAGCUCUCCCAACGUGUCUGCGUUGCCUCAUGUUCUAGACUCCAUCUCGUCGUAUUUGGACCAUUCCCCGCGUUAUUCGAUCCCUCUCGCCUGCUCCAGAGCCAUUAGAUACGCUAAGCUGCAUUUAUUACAGCGCUUAUGGACUUCUCAAUACCCUAACGACCCACUGUAUCGUCAAUGGGCUUUCGCGCGCGGUACAGCCAACGCCGCGGCUCGAGGAGAUCUCAAAGUCGUUCAAUGGCUUUGCGAGGUUUAUUACCCUCAAGGGAGAGUCACAGACGCAGUGGAGAAGGCAGCGCAAGCAGGUCACGUGCAUAUAUUGCAGUGGCUUUACACCCACCAGAGUCAGGUCUUCUGGGGAGCCAAUGAGAUGCGUGUAGCUGCUCAGUUCGACCAAGUGGCUGUUGUAAAAUGGCUACAUGCACAUACAGCGCCACCUUUUGUCGGAAUGAAUGCCAUUGAAUUGGCUGCAAGAAACGGUAAUCUACAGCUUGUCAAAUGGCUACAUAAGACGAGGAACCAAUGGAGUGGGUACGGAGCAGGGGAGGCGGCAGCUCAUGGCCAUUUGGACGUGUUUAAGUACAUGAUUAAGGGCCACUCGGUGCUCCGCGAGAGCGCGCUGAACGAGGCUGCCGCUAAUGGACACUUGGAGGCAGUAAAGAAGCUGGCAAGACGCCAACCUGCGCUCGUGACGACGCGGACAACUACUACAGCAGCGGAGAAUGGACACCUUCAUGUGUGCAAAUGGCUACAUGGUAAAAAGUUCGACGAACCGAUUCCAGGAAUCUUGGAAAGCUUGUACACGUGA